GAAAUCCCUUGAGAAGGCGUGUUUGGCUGAAAAAGUUGAAAGCUACAGUAACAGAGUGAUGCGUGCGAUUCAUGUGGAAAUGGUGGUUUUGGUCUGUGGAUGAUGAUGGUGCUUCUCACUCUGUAUUUGGAUAUUCUUCAUUUCUUAUUACUGACAGUAUCUAUCAUCUUUCUUCCCCUUUUUCGUCUCUCUUUUUACUCCUUCUUUGGAUGUAUUUGAUUGGUUCCAUAAAUUAAACAAAAAACCAAGAACGAAACCCCUUCAUCUUCCAUUUCUCAUCAUCUGCUGCGACCUCAAAACGUGUUUCCUCUUCUUCUUUCUGUCUUAUCUGAUUUUUCUUCGUUUUUUCAAUCUGGGUUUAUGAUUUUUGGCUGUUGGAAGCUCCAAGUCGAGGAAGGAGAUUUUGAACUGGAAUAAUUUGAAAUUUGGAAUUCUGAAGCUUAACAAGGGUUGUUCAGGAAAGUACCAAAUCGAUUGAUUUUGAAGUUUUUCUUCAAUUAGUUACUAAAUUAAGCGAUCUGAGAUUUUAACUUUUGAGAAUCGAUCGUUGAUUGAUCUCUAGUGUUGGGUUUUCUCCGCCCACCAUGGGCAAUUAGCGUUAGGUUUUGAGGCUGUGAAAUCGAAUAAUCGGUUUCAACCGAAGAGAGAGCUGGUUUAGUUCAGAUUUACUUGUAAACUGAUUUGCUCGAUGUUCUUCUGAAUACGAUCAUGGAGAAUAGUUUGAAAGAGAUAUCGUUAGAGAAGCAGCCAAGCUCUCGCGUGGUCAUGGAGAAGCAGAAAAGCUUUAGAGGAUUCAUGGAGAAGCAGAUGAGCUUUCGGAUGGUGAUGGAGAGGCAACUUAGUUUCAUGGGCGGCGAGAGGAAGAAGACGAAGGAAUCGCCUGGGAAACGUGGGGAUUCACCACUUCACUUGGCAGCACGAGCUGGAAAUAUAGCAAGAGUCAAAGAGAUCCUUCAGAAUAGCAAUGAUAAAAAUGAGUCAAAUGCUUUAUUGUCAAAGCAAAAUCUCGAAGGUGAGACUCCUCUUUAUGUAGCAGCUGAAAAUGGGCAUGACUUCGUCGUUGCAGAGAUGUUGAAAUAUUUGGACCUUGAGACUGCAUUUAUGGCUGCCAGAAAUGGAUUUGAUGCUUUCCACGUUGCAGCAAAGCAUGGCCAUCUCAAGGUGUUGCAGGAACUUCUUGAUGUAUUCCCCAACUUGGCCAUGACCACAGACUCGGUCAACUCAACUGCUUUGCACACAGCUGCUAUGCAGGGGCACAUCGAUGUGGUAAAUCUCCUACUUGAAACAGACUCAGAACUAACUAAGAUAGCUCGAAACAAUGGUAAGACUGUCCUUCAUUCAGCUGCCAGAAUGGGUCAUGUUGAAGUAGUAAAAUUAUUAGUAAGCAAGGACCCAACCCUCGGUUUCCGAACGGACAAGAAGGGCCAAACCCCACUGCACAUGGCUGUAAAAGGGCAGAACGAUAGGAUUGUGAUGGAGUUACUAAGACCUGAUCCUUCAGUUUUGACUUUGGAAGAUAACAAGGGUUAUACAGCAUUACACAUUGCAGUUUUGAAGAGACGUACUGAGAAUGUCCGUUGCCUAAUAUCUGUAAAUGGUAUCAACAUCAAUGCCAUCAACAAGAAUGGAGAGACCCCACUUGACAUUGCGGAAAAAUUUGGAUCUUCAGAACUUGUAAACAUCUUGAAGGAAGCUGGGGCAGUCAAUUCCAAAGACCAGGGUAAACCCCCAAGUGCAGCCAAGCAACUUAAGCAGACGGUUAGUGACAUAAAGCAUGAUGUUGAAUCCCAACUACAGCAGACCCGCCAAACUGGUUUUAGGGUUCAGAGAAUCGCGAAAAGGUUAAAGAAACUUCACAUUAGUGGUCUCAACAACGCCAUAAACUCUGCAACUGUUGUGGCUGUUCUCAUUGCUACUGUUGCUUUUGCGGCCAUAUUCACAGUACCCGGUCAGUUUGUUGAGCAGAAAACGGGUGAUGCUACUCUGGGACAGGCACAUAUCGCUACAAAUGCAGCUUUCAUCAUUUUCAUGGUCACUGACAGUAUGGCGUUGUUCAUUUCCCUGGCAGUUGUGGUUGUCCAAACUUCUGUGGUUGUGAUCGAACAGAAGGCAAAGAGACAGCUGGUUUUUGUGAUUAACAAGCUCAUGUGGUUGGCUUGCCUCUUCAUUUCAGUAGCCUUCAUUUCAAUCACAUAUGUGGUUGUUGGCUCAAAGCACAAGUGGCUUGCCAUCUGUGCAACUGUGAUCGGUAGCACAAUAAUGCUUACAACAAUUGGCUCCAUGUGCUAUUGUGUCAUUCAACACAGGAUGGAGGAGUCGAAAAUGAGAAGUAUUAAGCGAGGCGAGAGCAGAUCACGUUCUUAUUCCAUGUCUGUCGUAGCAUCAGAAUCGGAGUUGUUGAAUAACGAAUACAAAAGGAUGUAUGCACUUUAAGUUUAAGGUGAUUGAUAUAGAGAUAGAAGAAAAAAGCACGUAACUAUUACCAGGUGAUGGUUUAUCUUAGGUCGUAGUAACCGGUUUCUGCCACUCAUCAACUCAGUGAUAUGGUGCCCGUCGUCAACAGCUAUGAAGCCAUAGACAUGCAACUGGGAACAUGGAUUACUCGAUGGUAAGAAACACCGGUAAGGUUGGUCCAUGUCGGUCUGUUAUCUUUUUGCAUGACGCUAAAAAAAGCAUAGCUAUGAGGAUAAUAAAUGCUAGAAGUUCAAUGCCAGAUGAUAUCCAGAUAUUAGAGUAUGGUAACAAAUCAGUUAUGUAUAUGUAUAUGCAUAUCUACCAUUGCCACACGACGAUGGCACCAUCAACACUGGGUUUAUAGAGGUAUUGGGUGCUGUCAGUGAUCGAUACCGUCACGUACUGGGUUUGUAGAUAUUCCAUUGAAUCUUCAUACCAUCACAUACUGGGUUUAUAGAUGCUGCCUAUAUAUUAUUGAUAGCCUCUGCUAUCAAUUUUCCUGUAUAUCUCAUCAUAUGGGAAUUUGAUUGCCUGAAUAUUACUUUUCACUUGGUGUUUUUGAUCAGUUUCUCAAUAAGGCUUUCAUCUCAGUCUCACUUAAAA